CCACCCUCGCACUUUUUAUGUGAGUGGGGCUUUUCUCUGUUUCGUGCUCAUCAUCCCCAUUCGGUAAAGUAGCCACUGUAUCUAACCGAUAGAUACACGCACAUAUACGUAUACUUGCAUGCGAUGAUUGAGUAGCAGGAGUAGGAAGCAAUCGAUUAUUGUUGUUGUUGCCGAUCGAGCGAUGGGGCUGUGUUUCUCUCGUGAAGACAGAUCACCGCCCAAGAGAAGAGCGUCUAGGCGAAUUACGAACCACUCGGCGGCGGCGGCGGCGGAUGGAGGCGUCGGGAGCAACCGGUGGUCGAGGAUUCGGUCGUCGAGGAAGGAGGAGAACCUAAUUCACGAACGAGCGCUGGCGGCGGCGAUUCUCUUCCAGCAGCAGAUGCAGAACGGCGGCGGAACGGCGCCGUUUGAUAGGUCGACGUCGUUGAGGUAUUCGAAUGGAAACUCGAAGAGGAGCCAGGCUUUGCCUCGGAGCUCGAGCUCCAGAGCGCGGUCGCUCACCGAUCCUCUGCUUCAACCUCACCAGCUCGUUAAUCAGGAUAUCAAACUUGAUAAUCUAGAGACCACCCAUUUUGUACUUGUUCACGGUGGUGGUUUUGGUGCUUGGUGCUGGUAUAAAACUAUUGCACUAUUGGAAGAAGCUGGAUACAAAGUUACAGCGGUGGAUUUGACCGGUUCUGGGAUUCAUUCUUUUGACACAAACAGUAUCACAAGUCUUUCCCAAUAUGUGAAGCCACUGACUGAUUUUAUGGAAAAACUCACUGAUGGAGAGAAGGUAAUUUUAGUAGGACACGAUUUCGGAGGGGCAUGUAUAUCGUAUGCUAUGGAGCUGUUUCCCUCUAAAGUUUCAAAAGCUAUUUUUCUUGCUGCAGCAAUGUUGACGAGUGGGCAAAGCACCCUUGACAUGUUCUCUGAAAAGGUGGAAUCAAAUGACUUGAUGCGGCAGGCUCAGAUUUUUCUUUAUGCCAAUGGGAACACCCAGUCUCCAACUGCCAUCGAUUUCAACAAAUCUCUCUUGAGGGACUUGCUAUUCAACCAGAGUCCAGCCAAGGAUAUUGCAUUGGCAUCAGUAUCGAUGAGACCUAUACCCUUUUCUCCGGUUUUAGAGAAGCUCUCUUUGUCCGAAACAAACCACGGAUCUGUGAGAAGGUUCUAUAUCGAAGCUCUGGAAGACAAUGCUAUACCAAUUGCUGUGCAGGAAAUCAUGAUAGGCAAAAGUCCCCCAGAGAAGGUAUUCCUUCUCAAAGGUGCUGAUCACUCACCGUUUUUCUCCAAGCCUCAAGCCCUGCAUAAACUUUUUGUCGAAAUAUCGAGGAUCGAGUAAACAGUCCUAUUUACAUUCACUGAAAAAUUGCCGUAGACAUUUUUAGCAUCCCGAGUUUUAACUUGCACUGGAGAAUGCAGGUGCAGGCCAUUUGAUAUUUAUUUAAGGCUGACAUAAAGUGAAGGUUUUUAUAUUUAUCGCUAUUAGACGUUCAGUGUUGAUAUAAAUAGCUGUGAUGAAUCAACAUUACUGAAUUUUACCAGUAUAUUAAGGUGCAUAUUUUUUUUCUUCUUUUCC